GUCUUUGAUGAGUGUAAUAAAUACAACUUCACUAAAAUUCUGCUUCCCCACACAAUCCAAAACACUGAUCGAGAGAGAGAGAGAUGGGUAGUAGCAGCAGCAGCAGCAGCAGCAUCGCACCUGAAGAAGGAGAUGCAGUGCGUGUGAAUGUGAGCCGACUGCCUGGGUUCGGAUUUUCCCCAACUGAUGAGUUGCUGGUCAGCUACUAUCUGAAGAACAAGAUAGAGGGGACGGACUCCCAUUUCCGCCACGUCUUCCCUGAAAUCGAUCUCAGCAAGUACGAGCCCUGCGAUAUUCCUGCAUUCGUCCCAGAAGUUAAUGAGAAGGAGUGGGUCUUCUUCACCCACCCCAAAUACAAGGACACCAACAGCACUCGCCGCGACCGGCUCACGCAUCAAGGCUAUUACAAGAUCACAGGAGAUGAGCGGGAGAUCAGGGCCGAAGAAUCCAAAGCUGUGAUUGGGAAGAAGAUUAUUCUGACCUUCCACGAAGGUCGUGGACCAAAAGCAAAGAAGUCCGAUUGGGUAAUCCAUGAGUAUUAUUGUACAAACACUGAGGUGGGUUCUAAACCAACCAAGCAGAUGGACUUUGUCCUCUGCCGCCUGAAGAACAAGUCAGCUAGUUAUAAGAAGCCGAAGGUUGAUCCAACCCGCGGCGAAUUAGCCGAUUCAGCUGCAAACCCGGAAGAUGAUCAAGCUGCUGCAAGUGAUGUGAUUGCAGGGCCAGUGGAACAUCUGGGAUACGAAGAGCUAGGAGAUGUUAAUAGCUCUGAGUCUCCAGACGGUUCUUGUCCUAUAAACUGGAAUGACAUUUUGACCUAUGUUUAUGGUGAUGAUGAUCCAGCUGCAUCUGAUAUGUUUCAAGAGUUGUGUUCUGCGUUGGGAGAGAUUCCGAAUUCAACCUCUCAGCCGCCGCAGACACCACAACCACAUCAGCCACCGCAUCCACAUCAACCACACGAUUACUACCCCUCCACACAUCAGCCACCUGAGUAUAUUAUUUCAACUAAUGAUCCCAAUGAACCAGUUAGCAAACCUAAUGGUGUUCAAGAUCUUGCUACAGAUGAAAUGAUUCCAGAGGAUUGUUUUCUUCCAGAUGAAUUUAUGGGUCUGCUGUUUGAUCCGUUACAAGAUUACUUGCCGCUGUCACCAAUGAACAUGGAGCCGGGAGAUGGUGUGCAUCCCAAUUACUGUAUUGGAUGCACUGAUGAGUUGCGAUCUCUAGAUGAUAUGGAGAUUUAAACUCUUUUCCCAUUAGGUUCUUGAUUUAUCAUUGUUGACCAGGAUUAGUAAUUAGUAUCCUGGUAAGAAACAACGUACCCUACUUUUAGUGACUCUAAUCUACCAAGAGUCACAAGCACGAGUCUAAGAUAGCAACAGUAACAUAGGUUUAGUUGGUAUUAGUUACUCUAGAAUAGCUAGUGAACAACAAGAUUUAAUUAUCGAAAAAUAGCAAGAUCUUAAUUAUCGAAAACAGCAAUAUGGGACUUGUAAACCCCAAGAACUCUAGCAAAAGUAAAACAUCACCCUUAUCUGCAUUUCAGGAACUUUAGGCAUUAGAAACUUCUUUUCCUAGUUCUGGUCGAUUAUGUCCAUGACAACCGAUGUAGGUUACCUAAGCCUAUUCUUGUCCUUUUUGGCCGUUUUUAAGCAUUCCCUAGUUUUAGAAACUGCAAAGCUUGUUAGGUGAGCCUGUUAGUUCAAAUUAACAGCAGCAAAACCAGUAUUUGAGAUUUCAACUGGAAAUCUCUCUCCAACGAGGUGUCCAGAUGAAGCAAAGAUGUCUCUUCUCAGAAGCAGUUGUUUGGAGACCGCGACUCUCCUAGAACUACAAAUAAUCCUCAGCAAAAUUGUCGUUUAGUAUUGUGCUGUCUUCAUCAAAAGUCAUGUACCUCAACAAGAUCGUCUUCAAUCAUCGUUCAUUCGUGUCUAUCCACUGGGAGUUGCUCCGAGAAGAAUCCGACUGCAAAGCUGUAUCACACGACAAGGUCAGGGAAGCUGCAGAGUAUUGCAUUGCUCUUCAUCUGCCCCGGAAGAAAACAAAAACCGAGUCUUUGAAGCAUACAGUUUUGAAGCAGGCAUCUAUAGGGUUCUUUCAUUGAAGCAUCUCCUUAAAACCACUUAUAAAGUCUCCCCGAUGGGGAAUGGUAUUGUUACUUCGAUACCAAGUUCUAGUUCUAGCCUCAUGCUCAGGCUUUCGUUCCACAGUCGUUUAUUCUGGAAAUGGCGUUAUACAGGAUCUGCCGCAACAUGGCUGCUGGAGUCCCAAAUAUAUUACAAUAACCAGACACUAAAUGGUGAUGUACUGGUUGUUGGUAUUGAAAUUUGAGCUUCCAUCCCUAAUGGAGUAGCAAUUACAAUCAUUAUCAAAAUCUGAUGAUUAUGAUUGGUAUAAUCCGUUGAUAACCUUCAGAAUUAAACACCCAUCUUAUGUAAAUAUUGCUUUAAUUAUUUUCCCUGUAUCAGCUGCUGCGUUCCUGUGCAGCAUUUCUGCUUUUCCUGUACUCCUUUCAUGUUGUAUUGUUGUUAAUGUUGUUUAUUUAGAACCCUUCAAUUUCAGUGGAAUUUUGUGGUUAUAUUC